AUGGAAAGUGUUGAAUUGGCGUUGAAGAACAGUAACCGGAAGGAGAAAACCCUAACCGGCGGUGCUCAGAAUGGCGAAGAUUUCUCCGUCGACGACUUGUUUGACUUCUCAAACGACGACGUUUUCUCCGAGAACGAUGAGGCUGAAUUGAAGGUUAUGCAACGAAAGAAAGGAGGAGCCUCUGUUUCCGUAAAUGACGAAAAUACCCUUCACCGGAGCAACGAUUCCUCCACCGCCGGUGAAGACGACCUUGUUUCUCUCCCCACAAGCGAGCUCGCCGUUCCGAUGGAUGAUUUAGCGGAACUUGAAUGGUUAUCCAAUUUCGUGGAGGAAACAAACAAGUAUUUCUCGCCGUAUUCUCCUCCGACGGAGAAACCGGUCUGGUUAACCGGAAACCGAAAACACCCUGUUCCACCGGUUAACAAGGAGUCUUGCGUCAAACCCCCUCUUCCGGUUAAAACCAGAGCCAAACGAGCACGAACCAAAGUCACCGUCUUUACCGAUUCGUCUUCUAGCUCUACUACAACAUCGUCGUCUUCCUCUUCUGGUCUUUCAAACCCUUCUCCAUGGCUCUCCGGCGCUGACCAUUGUGGCGUUCAGAAAACGCCGCAGUGGAGAGAAGGACCAAUGGGAACGAAGACGCUUUGCAAUGCUUGUGGUGUGCGUUUCAAGUCGGGUCGGUUAUUGCCCGAAUACAGACCCGCUUGUAGCCCGACGUUCUCGAGUGAGCUUCACUCCAACCACCACCGUAAAGUGGUUGAGAUGCGUCGGAAGAAGGAAAUGUCGACGAUGCUGAUGGAACCGGUUUAA